GUAUGUCUAUGUAUUCAGACAGACAGAAGAAAUAUCUCAGCCCUUCUGACUUCUGGAGAAAACCCUAGUCCUAAAAUCGUUGAUCUGUGUGGUUGAAUUUCUCAUUUUUCGCCCUCUCCUUCUCUGCGAUUGUUUAAGUUUCAGCUGAGAUGGAUGAAGAGUAUGACGUGAUAGUGCUGGGGACGGGUCUCAAGGAAUGCAUCCUCAGCGGUCUUCUAUCCGUCGAUGGCCUUAAGGUUCUGCACAUGGACCGUAAUGACUAUUAUGGUGGGGAGUCGACUUCACUCAAUCUUAUUCAGCUUUGGAAGCGAUUUAGAGGAAGUGAUAAGCCUCCAGCUCACUUGGGUUCUAGUAGGGAUUAUAAUGUUGACAUGAUCCCAAAGUAUAUUAUGGCAAAUGGUGAACUUGUGCGGGUCCUUAUUCAUACUGAUGUCACUAAAUAUUUAUAUUUCAAAGCUGUUGAUGGAAGCUUUGUGUACAAUAGAGGAAAGAUUCAUAAGGUGCCUGCAACUGACAUGGAGGCCCUCAAAUCUCCUCUCAUGGGUAUCUUUGAAAAGCGCCGUGCCCGAAAGUUCUUCAUUUAUGUUCAAGAUUACAAUGAAUGCGAUCCUAAAACACAUGAGGGAUUGGAUUUGACAAGAGUUACAACUAGAGAACUCAUUGCGAAGUAUGGUCUUGAUGACAACACUGUGGAUUUUAUUGGUCAUGCACUGGCUCUCCACAGAGAUGACCGUUACUUGGAUGAACCAGCAUUGGACACUGUGAAAAGGAUAAAGCUUUAUGCAGAUUCUUUAGCACGUUUUGCUGGAGGAUCACCAUACAUCUACCCGUUGUAUGGCCUUGGAGAGCUUCCUCAGGCAUUUGCUCGGCUUAGUGCUGUAUAUGGUGGGACCUACAUGUUGAACAAACCUGACUGCAAGGUUGAGUUUAAUGAGGAAGGCCAAGUCUGUGGUGUUACAUCAGAGGGGGAAACAGCCAAGUGCAAAAAAGUUGUAUGUGAUCCUUCCUACCUUCCCAACAAGGUUAGGAAGGUUGGCAAGGUUGCUAGAGCCAUUGCUAUUAUGAGCCACCCAAUUCCGAACACCAAUGAUUCACACUCAGCACAAGUUAUUCUACCUCAGAAACAGUUGGGCCGCAGAUCUGACAUGUAUUUGUUUUGUUGCUCUUAUUCUCACAAUGUUGCUCCAAAAGGAAAAUUUAUUGCUUUUGUCUCAACUGAAGCGGAAACCGAUCACCCGGAGACUGAACUGAAGCCAGGGAUUGAUCUGCUUGGACCCGUGGAUGAGAUUUUCUUUGACACUUAUGACAGAUAUGAACCAGUCAACGAGCCUUCUCUGGACAAUUGCUUCAUAUCAACAAGUUAUGACGCCACCACUCACUUUGAGUCCACCGUCAUGGAUGUGCUGAAUAUGUAUACCCUGAUCACUGGAAAGGUUCUCGAUCUUAAUGUGGAUUUAAGUGCGGCCAGUGCUGCUGAAGAAUGAGAAAAGAUCGUUGUCUGUUGCUAAACUCGCCCAUGUCUCGAGGACAAGCACCGAUAGAACUUUCCUUGUAAAAUUGGAGAUAAACUUUUACCUGUAACUUGCUGGUGGUGUCACUUGAAAUUUGUUUGGAGUAUGUUUUAAUGGUUGUUGGAAUCAUGUGUUUGGUGUCCAUGCUCAAAGUCAAAGCUGACCUCCCUUGAGUUUAAAGGGUAUGGUUUCAGGAUUAAGAAAGGACUCUGUACAAGUUGCGAUUAUCUCCUUUAUUAGCUGAAACUUCUGGAGACAAAGUGUUAUAAAAUGUACACUAAUUCCUACAUUUUCCCUUAAAUUUGUUAGUCACUGAAUUAGAGAAUA